GCCGGAAGGAGCCGCAGCUGGUGGGGGAAGUGGCAGGCUCGGAGGCGGGGACCUUGAGGGCUACGCAGCGGAGCCUUUCUGCUGUCUUCCCGAGUCAACCCGGCUAGGGUCGGAGGCCGGGGGAGGAGAGGAGAGGAGAGGUGUGCGGAGGUGCAGCUGCAGACCACCGUGGCUGCGCUGGCGGGGCCGGUGGAGAAGGCGGUGGAGGCAGACUACCAUUUGGAGCUACACUUCUACUUCCAGAUCUUUAUUGGUUAAUUGGAGGUAUUACCUCAUUUGGAAAGCCUUGGGAAACAGGAAAAUAACUACAACAAAAUGUCAACUUUUCUAAAUCAUUGUCCACAUUUGGAAUCAGUUGGUGAAAUUACAAAAGAAGAUUUGAUACAGAAAUCUCAUGGUACUUGUCAAGAUUGUAAAGUCAGAGGACCAAAUCUUUGGGCAUGUUUGGAGAAUAGAUGUUCUUAUGUUGGCUGUGGUGAAUCACAAGUAGAUCACAGUACCAUACAUUCCCAGGAGACAAAGCAUUAUUUAACUGUGAACCUUACCACUCUUCGAGUAUGGUGUUAUGCUUGCAGCAAAGAAGUAUUUUUGGAUAGAAAACUAGGAACUCAAUCUUCAUUGCCUCAAGUAAGGCAGCUUCAACAAACACCAGAAAACAAUGUCCAGGACUUUAAAAUACCUAGUAAUACAACAUUGAAAACUCCUCUGGUGGCUGUAUUUGAUGAUCUGGAUAUAGAAGUAGAAGAAGAAGAUGAACUUAAGGCAAGAGGCCUUACAGGUUUGAAAAAUAUUGGAAAUACUUGUUAUAUGAAUGCAGCUUUGCAGGCUCUUUCUAAUUGCCCACCUUUGACGCAGUUUUUUCUUGACUGUGGAGGAUUAGCUAGAACAGAUAAGAAACCAGCAAUUUGUAAAAGUUAUCUCAAACUAAUGACAGAAUUGUGGCAUAAAAGCAGGCCAGGGUCUGUUGUGCCUACUAAUCUGUUUCAGGGAAUUAAAACUGUUAAUCCGACAUUUCGAGGAUAUUCUCAGCAGGAUGCACAAGAAUUCCUUCGAUGUUUAAUGGAUCUUCUUCAUGAAGAAUUGAAAGAGCAGGUCAUGGAAACAGAGGAAGAUUCUCAAACUAUGACUUCUGAGGAGACCAUGGAAGAAGACAAGAGCCAGUCGGAUGUAGAUUUUCAGUCCUGUGAAUCUUGUAGCAACAGUGAUAAAGUAGAAAAUGAAAAUGGUUCCAAAGGCUUUUCUGAAGAUAAUAAUGAAACAACGAUGUUAAUUCAGGAUGAUGAGAACAAUUCAGAAAUGUCAAAAGACUGGCAAAAAGAGAAGAUAUGCAAUAAGAUUAAUAAAAUAAAUUCUGAAGGAGAAUUAGAUAAAGAUACAGACUCUGUAUCUGAAACAGUCAACUUAAAUAACCAGGAAACUGUCAAAGUGCAAAUACAUGGCAGAGCUUCAGAGUAUAUCACAGAUGUUCAUUUGAACGAACUAUCUACACCACAGAUUAUUCCAUCCAAUGAAGGUGUUAAUUCACGUUUAUCUACCAGCCCUCCUAAAUCAGGCAAUUUGUGGCCAGGAUUGGCGUCCACCCACAAAAAAGCUCAGUCUGCAUCUCCAAAGAGAAAAAAACAGCAUAAGAAAUACAGAAGUGUUAUUUCAGACAUAUUUGAUGGAACAAUCAUUAGCUCAGUACAGUGUCUGACUUGUGAUAGGGUAUCUGUAACCCUCGAGACCUUUCAAGAUCUCUCCUUGCCCAUUCCUGGCAAGGAAGACCUUGCUAAGCUGCAUUCAUCCAGUCAUCCAACUUCUAUAGUCAAGGCAGGAUCUUGUGGCGAAGCUUAUGCUCCACAAGGGUGGAUAGCAUUUUUCAUGGAAUAUGUGAAGAGGUUUGUUGUCUCAUGUGUCCCUAGCUGGUUUUGGGGUCCAGUAGUAACCUUGCAAGAUUGUCUUGCUGCCUUCUUUGCCAGAGAUGAACUAAAAGGUGACAAUAUGUACAGUUGUGAAAAAUGCAAAAAAUUGAGGAAUGGAGUAAAGUUUUGUAAGGUACAAAAGUUUCCUGAGAUUUUAUGUAUUCACCUUAAAAGAUUCAGACAUGAGCUGAUGUUUUCCACCAAAAUCAGCACCCAUGUUUCAUUUCCACUAGAAGGUCUAGAUCUUCAGCCAUUUCUUGCUAAGGACAGUCCAGCUCAGAUUGUGACAUAUGAUCUUCUGUCAGUUAUCUGUCAUCAUGGGACUGCUAGUAGUGGGCACUAUAUAGCCUAUUGCCGAAACAACUUAAAUAACUUAUGGUAUGAAUUUGAUGAUCAGAGUGUUACUGAGGUUUCAGAAUCUACUGUCCAAAAUGCUGAAGCUUAUGUUCUUUUCUAUAGGAAAAGCAGUGAAGAGGCACAAAAAGAGAGGCGAAGGAUAUCAAACUUGUUGAACAUAAUGGAGCCAAGCCUCCUUCAGUUUUAUAUUUCUCGACAGUGGCUAAAUAAAUUUAAGACCUUUGCGGAACCUGGCCCUAUUUCAAAUAAUGAUUUUCUGUGUAUUCAUGGAGGUGUUCCUCCACGGAAGGCUAGUUAUAUUGAGGACUUGGUUUUGAUGUUACCUCAGAACAUUUGGGAUAACCUAUAUAGCAGGUAUGGAGGAGGACCAGCUGUCAACCAUCUGUACAUUUGUCACACUUGCCAAAUUGAGGCAGAGAAAAUAGAAAAAAGAAGAAAAACUGAAUUGGAAAUUUUUAUUCGGCUUAACAGAGCAUUUCAGGAGGAGGACUCUCCAGCUACUUUUUAUUGCAUCAGUAUGCAGUGGUUUAGAGAAUGGGAGAGUUUUGUGAAGGGGAAAGAUGGAGAUCCUCCAGGUCCUAUUGAUAACACUAAAAUUGCCAUCACCAAAUGUGGUAAUGUGAUGCUUAGACAAGGAGCAGAUUCUGGUCAAAUUUCUGAAGAAACAUGGAAUUUUCUGCAGUCUGUGUAUGGUGGAGGGCCUGAAGUUAUCCUACGACCUCCAGUUGCUCGUGGUGAUCCUGAUAUGCUACAAGCAGAAGAAAAAAUGGAAGUUGAAACUCGAUCUUUGUAAUUUUGAGUAGCAGAGUUCCAGUGAAAGAUUUUCACUUUAACUUGUACAUGUUCAGAAACAUUCCCUAAAGCAUGUUUAUUUUCUUGACUUUUCUUCUAUCAGAUUUAUUCCUUCUUACUGGGCAUUAUGGAAGAAUAUGUUAAAAUGUGUAAUAUACUAUAGCUUGGUAUAUUUAAUGCUAAGUAACUUACCAUAAAUUCUUUCAGUAUAGUAUUUUUGAAAGUGAAAGGGACAGUUGUGAUCAGUUGGUAAGUAGAUUAUCUUUGAUCUUUGUACAAGAUCCAUAUCCAAAUAUCCUUUGGAAUGUUGUAAAUACUUUUGCUUUGAAAACCUUUUUCAUUACCAUAAGUCACCUUAACAGACUAAUCUUUUUGAUUCUCCAAAACCUUAAUUUGUUUAGUUUUUGAUAUGGGUUUGCAUAGGAGCCUACUAUUUAAAGUGAAAGUAGUCAGAAAGUUGUGAAUUUCCUAAAACUCAGGAAACACUAGGGUGUCACUUCUUUUGCACUGCAGCGUAUAAACUAGCAUACUAAAAUUUAAAAACUGUCUUUUUUUAAUGUAUCAAGGAUAUAUUUAGUUCUAGUGGAAUUUUGUCAGCAGAUAUUAGUAACUGCCGCUUAUAUAGUAAAAUGUUAAAUUAUUUUAACCCUGAAUAGUAUUCAAUAAUGUAAUUUAAAAAACUGUAGAGUUAGUUUAAGGCCACUUUUUAUUUUGAGAGCAUGAAGUGUGUUAUGUGUCAAUGAGAUUGUUGAAAAAGCUGAAACCACUUGCAAAAUGAUUUUUAAAUGAAAUGCACAAAGCUUUUUUGAAUAAUGUAGUAUGCACUGCUGUUUGCUUGAUUACAUAAUGUCAAAUGGCUUAACUAUAUUCCAAGUACAAAAAAGCAUACUGGAUGACAUUGAGAAUGUUGAGUAGCAUUCGUGAUGGCUUUGUUUUUGUUUGGGGCAGAUACAAACAUUAAGCAAUAUUGCUGAAAUGAAUUCAAUAAAAAUGAUUU